AUGUCUACUUUAUACCGUGGGCGCAGCACGGUUGCUUCACUCGGCGGCAAAACUUUCGCGGGUUCUGUAAGUCCAGAGGGGGUUCCUGCUUAUCGGAGUAAUUGCCCCCUGCACUGUGCCGGCUUAUCUAAGGCUGAAGCGCCCAAACAAUCGGUCCUGCCGUGGCCUGGGCCUGUGCUUCACCCUACCCUCAACCGCCACCAGCACCCGGCACUUCCUACACUGCUACUACUACUACUACUACUGCCGCUACCUCACGGGUCAACGACCAGCGCAACCGCGGGAUGGUCGCUUCACCUUCGCCGCCAACCCGUAUUGGCCCCAUCCACAGAACAUGAGCUCAGCGUCUCCACCAUCAUCCCCGUUGAUAUCGAGUUCCCCAUCCAUUCAGUCUUCUUACUCAAUACCCGUCAGCUCUUCAAACUCACCCACGCCCCCGAAUCGAGAGUCCUCUUCGAUACCUUCUUCUCCGUCGAUAGCGAGUUUUACGAUUCCUCCAAGUUCGCACCUCAGACGCAUCAGCAGCUCUUCAAACGAACCUACAUCUCCGUUCCGAACGUCUUCCUCAGCGUCUCCCUCCCCGUCGCCCCCGCUCCCACAGCUUCUGGACGUCGGUUCAAACGCAUCUACCCCUUCGAUUAA